UGCAAACAAAUUUUUAAGUAUGGCCUUAAAAUACAUCGACAUUGGGGCCAAUCUAACGGAUCCCAUGUUUGUGGGCUGCUAUGGUGGCUCCGCGAAACAUCCGGCAGACUUGCACAUUGUCUUGGAACGUGCGUGGCAACAUGGCUUGCAGAAGCUCAUAAUAACCUCCGGUUGCGUGAGUGAUGUGGACAAGGCACUAAAUCUCACUGCAAAAGAUGAGCGCCUGUAUACCACAGUGGGAGCACAUCCCACGCGAUGUGGUGAAUUUGGGGACGAUCCGGAGAAGUAUUACAUGGAUUUGCGCUCCAGAAUCAUGGCGAAUCCAGCGAAAGUAGUCGCUGUGGGCGAAUGUGGCCUGGACUAUGAUCGUCUGCACUUCUGUGCGAAGCAAACGCAAUUGAAAUACUUUGAGAAGCAGCUCAGCUUGGCGGAAGAGUUUCGAUUGCCGCUAUUUUUGCACAUGCGAAAUGCGCACGAGGAUUUCAUGGCCAUAUUGGAGCGAAAUCGAGAGAAGCUGCAGGCAUGUGGUGGUGGUGUGGUUCACAGUUUUACGGGCACUCUAGAGGAGGCCAAGAACAUACUGGCUUUCGGUGGACUGUACAUAGGCCUUAACGGCUGCUCACUGAAGACGGAGGCGAAUGUUGAAGUGGUGCGUCAGCUGCCCAAUGAUCGCAUCAUGCUCGAGACGGAUUGCCCCUGGUGUGGCAUACGCCCCUCGCAUGCGAGUCACAAGCACGUGACCACAAAGUUUCCAACCGUCAAAAAGAAGGAGAAAUGGACUGCUGAGACCUUGAUCGAUGGACGCAAUGAACCAUGCCAGAUUGGCCAAGUACUGGAGGCGAUUGCGGGCAUUAGACAGGAGCCCAAGGAGAAGCUGGCCGAGAUUUACUAUCAGAACACGUUAGAUCUGUUCUUUAGCAAAUCGAAAUAAAACAAAUUGUAGAGUGAUAAUACAUUUCAUGCUUUUACA